CGCACCAAUCGGCCACGCACUUGACCGAGUCUCGGUUGUUACGGGCGGGGCUCCCGGUCUGUGAGACUGAAUCGCAGGCAGACCAAAACUAAACUUACCCGAGCCGAUCGCUCUCCGUGUCGUGAGUGCGUGGGAAAUACGCAUCGAGCAAUCACACGAGCUAUUGUAGGAUGUCUUAACGUUGGAUUUGAUCGUCGGAAGCCUGAGAUACUUUGACAUCCGCAGCUGUUUAUUCGUUUGCGCGCACUGGCUGUUUAAACGCUGGACAAAAUGAAAUAAAUCCACAUAUGCUCGAUUAUCGACAGGGAUCUGGAGAUUUCAGCUCUUCCCGUCAACUCGAGUGCUCGUGAACCGUUCAGGGCUGGCAGGUCUAGGGAGAGGCAGGCAGCAUGGCUGAACCCAGACGAGACAGCACCAGCAGCCUGCAACGCAAGAAGCCACCAUGGCUCAGACUGGACAUUCCCACUGCUCCGGUGUCCAUGGAUGAAGCACCAACUUUUGUCCAGCCGGUGAAGAGGCAAGGCUUCUAUCGAAGCGCCAGCAUGCCCGUGGAAACAUCCCAUCUCCCCUCACCUCCACGUGACCUCUUUGAUGCCCGGCGACCCCCUUUCCAGCGUCAGUCUUCAAUCACUCAAACCAUCAAGAGCAGCAGGAGGGUGCACUUUGAGAGGAUUAACACUGUGCCCAUUAAGGGUCACCGGGCAGGGCGCCACAGUUUCAGAAGGCAUCAGUCUCUCUCCAGAACCCUUCUCAGGGGUACGGCGGACUGGUUCGGAGUCAGCAAGGACGGCGACGCCACGCAGAAAUGGCAGAGGAAGAGCCUGCGCCACUGCAGCAUGCGAUACGGCAAACUGAAACCUCAGGUCAUCCGUGAGAUGGAGCUGCCCAGUCAGGACAACAUAUCACUGACUAGCACGGAGACCCCUCCGCCUCUAUACGUACCCUCAUCUCAGCAUGGCAUGCAGAAGAUCGUGGACCCGCUGGCACGUGGUCGAGCGUUUCGCAUGUUUGAAGAAGUUGAUGGCUAUAGCGUGCCCCAAACUCCCAUCACCCCUGGCGGUGCCUCUCUCUGCUCUUUCAACAGCUCACGCUCUGGACUAAACCGAAUCCCGCGCAGACGCAAGCGCGAGUCUGUGGCCAAGAUGAGCUUCAGAGCAGCAGCGGCUCUGGUGAAGGGUCGAUCGCUGCGAGAAAGCACACUAAGACGAACUAACAGACGCAGCUUCACGCCCGCUAGCUUCAUUGAGGAAGAUGUUGUGGACUUUCCUGAUGAACUGGAUACAUCUUUCUUCGCUAGGGAUGCCCUUAUGCAUGAAGAGAUGUCCACCUUCCACGAUGAGGUGUUUGAGUCUCCAUCAGAUUCCACAAUGAAGGACGUGGAUAGCAAACAGCUGGACGAGUCUGAGCUGACGGGCAGCGCGCUGGACAAGAACGAGUUAGAGAGGAGUCAUUUAAUGCUGCCUCUUGAACGCGGCUGGCGAAAGGUGAAAGAGGGAACACCGGCUCCACCUAAAGUCCGACUGAAGCAGGAGGUGGUGAGCGUGGACGGCCAGCGGAGGGGUCAGCGCAUUACCGUGCCCGUCAAGAAGCUCUUCGCAAGAGAAAAGCGACCCUAUGGAUUGGGAAUGGUGGGUAAGCUAACCAAUCGUACGUACCGCAAGCGGAUCGACAGCUACGUGAAACAGCAGAUGGAGGACAUGGAUGACCACAGGCCUUUUUUUACAUAUUGGAUAACGGUCGUUCACAUAUUGAUCACCAUUUUGGCGGUGUGUAUUUACGGCAUCGCGCCAGUGGGCUUCUCCCAGCAUGAGACUGUUGAUUCUGUUCUGAGGAAUAAAGGCGUUUAUGAAAAUGUCAAAUUUGUGCAGCAAGAGAACUUUUGGAUUGGACCAAGUUCGGAGGCGCUAAUUCACCUAGGAGCCAAAUUCUCACCUUGUAUGCGGAGGGACCUUCAGGUACACGAUCUGAUGAAGAAAAAACAAGACGUGGAGCGAAAUUCAGCUUGCUGUGUGCGGAACGAUCGCUCCGGCUGUCUGCAGACCUCAGAGGAUGAGUGCUCUAGCACCCUCGCUGUGUGGGUGAAGUGGCCCCAUCAUCCCAGCGCCCCCCAACUGGAGGGAAAGACACGGCAAUACGGCUCUGUGUGUCAUCAGGACCCCAGGACAUGUAUAGAGCCGGCAUCGGUCUCACCUCACGAGUGGCCUGAUGACAUCACCAAAUGGCCAAUCUGCACCAAAUAUAAUACAGGAAACCACACCAAUCUGCCUCACAUCGACUGUACUAUCACCGGCCGACCCUGCUGCAUCGGUACUAAGGGAAGGUGUGAGAUCACUUCGAGGGAGUAUUGUGACUUCAUGACAGGAUACUUCCAUGAGGAGGCAACGCUAUGCUCUCAAGUUGACUGUAUGGAUGAUGUGUGUGGACUCCUUCCUUUCCUGAACCCAGAGAUCCCAGAUCAGUUCUACCGCCUCUGGCUCUCUCUCUUCCUGCAUGCUGGGAUUCUGCAUUGCCUGGUGUCGGUAUGUUUUCAGAUGACCAUUCUUCGAGACCUGGAGAAGCUGGCUGGGUGGCUUCGAAUAUCUAUCAUAUAUAUUCUGAGUGGCAUCACAGGAAACCUGGCCAGUGCCAUCUUCCUCCCCUACAGAGCCGAGGUGGGUCCAGCCGGCUCUCAGUUUGGUAUCCUGGCCUGUCUGUUCGUGGAGUUGUUUCAGAGUUGGCAGAUCUUGGCUCAGCCUUGGCGAGCCUUCACUAAGUUACUGCUCGUGGUGCUCUUUCUGUUCAUCUUCGGCUUGCUGCCCUGGAUCGAUAAUUUCGCCCACAUCAGCGGAUUUGUCUCAGGCUUCUUCCUCUCGUUCGCCUUCCUGCCCUACAUCAGCUUCGGCCGCCUGGACAUGUACCGCAAACGCUGCCAGAUCAUCAUGUUCCUAGGGGUGUUCGUGGGCCUGUUCGCUGGACUCGUGGUGCUCUUCUACGUCUAUAAUAUCAAGUGCGAGUGGUGCGAGCUGCUCACCUGCAUUCCUUUCACCGACAAGUUCUGUGAGAAGUACGACCUCAACGCCCACCUCCAUUGAGGGAGAUGCACGGGAGAGGGGCGGGGCUUCGGGGACGGAGAGACAUGCAUCUCUGCCAAUCCCGUGCACUUCGUCUCUUCCCGUUUCUGUGAACUUGGACAGUAUGCCUGUGUUGUUGUGUUUUUUUACUCGAGUCUGAACGCCACUUUGACCAUUAUAAGAGAAUCAAGAUGCUUUUUAAUGCACCCCAAAGUUUUAUGUAGUCUGUUGAUCAGGGUGUCUGAUAAUCAUACGAAACCAGGGUCGCCCUCGCCCCAAAAACGCUCUUCCCAUUGCAGUCUCACAAAGACAGUGUCGAAAGAAAAACACUGCUACACCAAAUGGUGAACAAAGAGUAUGAUUUGAGAAUUGACCGUUGUACUUUAUAUGUUUUAGCAUGUCAGGGGUCGACCUCAGAAUCCAGGGACGAAAAAUCUGUACCUUUGGUGCCUUGAUAAAUGUACCUACUACUGCCAUAUUUUCGUUACACGUCGAGCACUCAAAUGAUAUUCUUUUAUUUGUGUGUUACUUCAAAUGGAGUAAUGUAUGUUUAUGAACAGGUAGUGUUUUAGCUACCCAAUUUACUCACUUGUUACAAAAUACAACUAAAAACAACCUGCA